GGUUACUACACUUCUCUUGGCAUGGUCCACUCCUUUUGAUCAGCCAGCAUUCCUGUAUAAUUCAUUCAUCUUCUAAUUCCAAUCAUGUAAAAUUGAAAUUGACCAAAAGCUUGUUCAAUGAUGAGAGUGAGAGUCUCUUAUUCUUUCCUGUUCUACUUUGAUAUAUAAUUUCUGCAAAUAUAAACUCAAAAUCUCAAAUCACCCUCCAUAGACCAUACUCAAUAGCUCCCUUCUUUUGAUCAUAGACUGAGACUCCCUCUGGCUCUGCUAGAAAGAAAAGGGUAGCUUUCAAUUUUAUAGAGAGCAUUUGCCGAUUUCUGACAGAAAAACAGAUAUUGGAAAUUUCUCCUCUUCUCUUCUUCAACAGUUUCUCAGUGUCAGAUUUUAUGAGAUGUACAGUGCAAUUCAUACUUGCUGUUUUUCCCAUAAAUGGCAGUAAUUGCUAUUGUUCUGAAUUCUGAUGAUUCUGUUCCAGCUACAGCUAGUCAGUCCCUUUCGGUAUCUUAUAACAAGUGGUAAAUCAUAAAUGAAGCUGGGCUUUUCUCAUCUCUUUCCCUUGCUGAGCUUUGGAAUGACUAGAGUUGUGUUUUGACUCCUUUGAACAAUGGAGGCGACGACUCGCUGUUCAUACUGUCUAUUCUUUGCAAUCCUCAUUUUGGCUCUGCUUCCUCCUCCCUCCGUUGCGCAAUUGACGCCAUUUGAAAAUCGAAUCCUUUUUCGAGUCCAACAGCUUCUGGAGUUUCCACCUGCGUUCCAAGGAUGGAAUAAUUGGACCAACUUCUGCUACCUUCCUCCAUCGCCAUCUCUCACAAUUGUCUGCUCAGGUAACCAUGUAACUGAAUUAACUGUCAUUGGGAACAGAAGCUCUCCUUCUGUCAACCCAAAACCGGCCUCAGGGAGGAACUCCGGUUUUGCCGUUUCUGAGCAAACUCUAUCUCAGAGCUUCUUAAUUGAUUCAUUCUUCACCACCCUUACCAAGCUUGCCAGCUUGAAGGUGUUGACGCUUGUGUCGCUGGGAAUAUGGGGUCCACUACCCCCCAAGAUCAAUCGUUUCCGGUCUCUUCAAGUCCUGAACAUAAGCUUCAAUUUCAUAUACGGACAGAUUCCUCCGUCAAUUUCCACCUUCAAGAACCUCAGCAGUCUUGUUUUGGCUGAUAAUUUGUUCAAUGGAACGGUCCCAGAUCUCACCAGUUUAGCGGUUCUGAAAGAACUGGAUCUGAGUGGCAAUCUUCUCGGACCCAAAUUUCCCUCUCUGGGGAACAAGCUCGUGACCAUUAUACUGAAGAACAACACGUUUCAGUCUGAAUUUCGUCUCGACUUCAAGAAAUUUGAUGCGCUGCAGCGGUUAGACAUCUCUUCCAAUCAAUUAAAUGGGCCCAUUCCCACUGCUCUGUUUUCUAUGCCAUCAAUCCAGUAUCUCAAUCUGGCCAGAAAUAAAUUGACAGGAGCCCUUCCGACGACUAUUUCUUGCAGCGACAAACUUGGUUUUGUGGAUCUUUCCAACAACCUCCUGACGGGAAGAUUGCCGUCGUGCAUAGGAUCUAACUCUUCGAACCGCGUUGUGCUCUACUCCUGGAAUUGUUUAUCCAGUGGGAACUCGAGUUAUCAGCACCCCACCUCCUUUUGCGACCAGGAAGCGUUGGCUGUAAAACCCACCACAACUCCGAAAACAAAGCACCAUUCGAGCAGCAAGUUAGGCCUCAUACCAGGAAUUGGCGGGGGUAUUGUGGGUGGUGUGAUCGCAUUGGGCUUGUUACUUCUUGUGAUCUUUAGGAUGACAAGAUCAAGGAAGCAUGGAACCAGCAGUUUCAACAAACAUAUGCUCAAUAAACCUUCUGCUGCGGAUACAAGGUAUGUAUCCCACACAAUGAGAUUGGGAGCACUUGAGCUCCCACCAUAUCAUGAAUUCACCAUGGAGGAGAUUGAAGAAGCAACGAAUAACUUCGACCAAACAAAUUUAUUGGGCCAAGGAUCAUAUGGACAGCUUUACAAAGGUUGGCUCGGAGAUGGUUCUGCAGUUGCAGUGCGAUGCUUAAAACUAAAGAACAAGCAUUCACCUCAGAGCUUACUGCAGCACAUGGAAGUGAUUUCAAAGCUAAGGCAUCGGCACUUGGUUGGAAUUCUUGGACAUUGCAUUGUUACAUUUCAGGAUCACCCCAAUGCAGCAAACACUUUGUUUCUUGUUCUGGAACAUGUUUCAAAUGGGGCAUUAAGGAGUCAUCUAACUGACUGGAGAAGGCGGGAAACAUUAAAAUGGCCACAGAGAAUGGCUAUUAAUAUAGGUGUUGCCAGGGGAAUACAGUUUUUGCAUACAGGAAUUUCACCUGGCAUUUUUGGGAAUGAUCUGAAGAUUGAGAAUAUUUUGCUGGAUGAUAAUUUCACACCAAAAAUUAGUAGCUAUAAUCUGCCACUGCCGGCUCGAGUAGGUUCACAAGACCCUUCCAAUAGAGAUUUUCUCGGUAAUAUUGGGAGUGCUGAACAUGCAGAGAAAGAUGAUAUUUAUCAGCUUGGUGCUAUUAUAGUAGAAGUAAUUACGGGUAAACAAAUCACAUCCCAAAAUGAACUGGACGUGAUAAGACUUCAGCUAGAGAAGGGCUUAACAGAAGCCCCAGCAAAGCUCCGAGCAGUUACAGAUCCUGCCAUUCGAGGCACAUUUGCUUAUGAAUCAUUAAGAACCGCAGUUGAAAUUACCAUCAAAUGUCUAUCUAAAGACCCUAGACAGCGACCAUCAAUAGAAGACGUUCUCUGGAAUUUGCAGUAUUCAGUUCAAGUUCAGGACGGAUGGGCCACUAGUGGAAACCUCAGCGGCAAAAUCAGUGGGAACCUUAGCGGGAAACUUAGUGGGAACCUUAGCGGAAGCAUCAGUACAUACAGACCUUGAGUAAUUUCCUCUUCCCCACUGUGCAGUCACUAUUUAUUAGUAGAUAUUAUUGUUAUAAAUUUCUUUUUUUCUGUACAUUUGAAGCUUAUCAUAUAUCCUGUAAGUAAAUAAGGCAUACUCUUUCACAUUAUUAUUUUCCCAGUUGGCCUAAA